AUGAUUGAUUACAUCAUAAAUAAAUUCCAAGUUGCAAGAACACACAGACAUAAUUACAGCAAAGUAUAUAACUUUUGUUUCAUACAUCAGUAGUGUAAACUCAGCACUACCUGGAAUUUACAUUCACAUGUAUCUUUUAGAAUGUUCUGAAUAAUUUUUGUAACGAUAAGAAAGAGUGUUACGUAGUAAGAACAGUGAAUAGUUUUGAGCAAGCAAAUGGCUAUUUCCGCGUAAUAAUGAACAAGUGAGGAUAGCUAGAUAAUAUAGAACUUUGAAAACGAAAUUCUAUGAUGUGUUGAAUAACAUGUCCUCAGAAAAUUAGGAUGUUAACAGCUAACUACUCUUUGAAAUUAGUAUAGAAAUUUAAAAACGAAAUAUUAUGAUGUGUAGAAAUACAUUUCCUAAGAAAAUUAAAAUAAUAACAGCUAACUACUCUUUGCAUUUAUGAAUAAAAAAUUGCAAUUUCAGCUGAGACUCCAUUGCAUUUGAUAUUUGUUCCCUAAUAAAAUUUACCAAACCAGAAGCCAUGUUUCCUAUGCUUAAAUGGUGUCUCUGCUUAAUCUUAUUUUUUAAUUUGAACGCUAGAGUUGCGUAUUCAUCAUCUUACCAUAGAUCUUUAUCAUCCGAGCAGUACCAUGAUGAAGAAAGAGUUGCAUUGCUUGGCUUUAAAACUUCCUUCACCCUUGAGCCUGAAUCCGAUAAUUGUCCAAAUGCCAAAUCAAAGACAUCAACAUGGAAUAAAGAUGGCAACUGUUGCGAAUGGGAAGGUGUUGCAUGUCAUCCACGAACGCAUCAUGUCAUUGGGCUUGAUCUUAGUUGCAGCAAACUUAGUGGAAGCAUUGACUCUAAUAGUAGCCUCUUCCUCCUCAAUCAUCUCAAAAGCCUUAAUCUAGCCUUUAAUGAUUUCAACGACUCCAGUAUAACACCUCAAUUUGGCAGGUUUCCACUGUUGGAACACCUUAACCUUUCCAGCUCCCGUUUUGCUGGGAAAAUUCCUGCUCAGAUCGCCCAUCUUGCUCAACUAAACUCUCUUGAUCUUACCAAUAAUUUUGUUGAUCUAGAACUUCCAAUAUUCAAGAAAAUUAUUGACAACCUGACGGAGCUAAGGGAGCUUCAUCUCAGCAAUGUGAACAUCAAUUCAGCAUUGCCACAGUCAAUAGUGAACCUCACAUCCUUAAGAUCACUUAAGCUUCAUGAAACCAAUUUGCAAGGAGAAUUGCCAAUUAAAAUUUUCAACUUACCACAUCUGAGAGUACUUGAUAUUGGUAAUAAUUGGCCUCUUCAGUCAAGUAUCUUAGAGAUGUACAAUUGGAGCAGCCCUUUCGAAGUCAUGGAUCUUACUGAAGUCACUUUCAGGGGAAAAUUACCCUCCUCCCUUGGUCAAUCUCAUCAUCUGAGGGAACUAUCUUUCUCUGGCUGCUUCUUUGAUGGGGAAAUUCCAAAAUGGGUGUGGAACACCACAGAGAAGAUCGACUUACAGAAUAAUCAUUUCAGAGGUAACCUCCCUUCUUCAAUCAAUACAAGCAAAUUAUCAAGUCUUUACUAUCUAAAUCUAGAUUUCAAUUUCCUCGAGGAAAGAAUACCACCAUGGAUGUUCAGUCUACCAUCCCUGAAAAGUUUAAGCCUCGUCACUAAUCAAUUCACUAGUCUGCCUAGUGAAGUUUUUAACAACAGUAAAGAGCCACAGUUACAAGAAUUGGAAUUGGAGGGUAACAAAUUAGAAGGAUCAUUCCCACAAUGGAUUUCACAAUUUGUACACCUUGAGCAUUUCGAUAUCUCAUCCAAUAACUUGAGUGGCGUGGUGCAGCUAGAUUUGUUGACUGGUCUCCACAAACUCCAGUUACUCAGCUUAACAGAUAACAAACUCUCAGUGAAUACAAGUAUCACUGUCACAAACAAUGGUUCAACCACUGCCUGGCCUAACCUAACUUUCCUAGGUCUCUCCUCUUGCAACACAGGUGAGUUUCCUGGUUUCCUAAAAGACCAGCUAAAACUUAAAUCCUUAUACUUGUCCAGAAACAACAUUCAUGGCGACGUACCCAAGUGGCUUCAAAACUUAGCAGAGAUAUCAAAUAUGGAUCUUUCACAUAACUCGCUUUCUGGAGGUUUAGAACAUCUUCCUUGGGAGAGCUUACAGGACAUUGACCUCUCCUUUAACACUCUAAAAGGACCACUUCCACUUCCAAAAGCAUCUUCCACCAUUAUUUCAUUUUCUGCUUCAGAUAAUAGUUUCACAGGCCCCAUUGAUGAAUCAAUUUGUAACCUGAAAUACCUUAAUCUCCUGGAUGUAUCAAGCAACAGAUUGGAAGGAGAAAUUCCUCGUUGUUUGGGAAACUUUAGCAAUUCACUUGUUAUAUUGAAUAUGAGGUCGAACAGCUUCCAUGGCACUCUACCUGCAUACUGGGGAACAUGUGAUGGUGAGUAUACAUUGAAAUAUCUAGACUUUAGUGACAAUCAAUUGCAAGGGUUGCUACCACAAGAUAUGGCACGCUGUACAAGCCUAGAAUUUCUUAGUGUUGCAAACAACAAAUUUAAUGAUACAUUUCCCUCAUGGUUGGAUACUCUCCCAAGCCUGAAAGUACUAGACUUACAUUCAAAUAGUUUCCGUGGUCAUAUCAAAGGCUCAAAGGUAGCACAUCCAUUUUCUCUGGUCCAGAUUCUCGACCUCUCCAGUAAUAAAUUCAGCGGAAGAUUGCCAGCAACAUACAUAAAAAAUUUCAACGCAAUGAUUAAUACCAGUGAGCCCUCUGGGGUUUUACAGUAUAUGGGAGGUAUCGGUUACAAGUACUCAAUUAUGCUAGCAUUCAAAGGUUUGCAGACUAAGUAUGAGAAGAUCAUCACUACCCUUGUGGCUUUUGAUCUUUCAUCCAAUGCAUUUGAAGGAGAAAUUCCCGAUUGUAUUGGUCAGUUGGUCUUGAUUCGGGGCCUUAACCUCUCACACAACAGGCUCACAGGGCCAAUCCCUCCAACAAUCAGCAAUUUGAAGUUGCUCGACUCCUUGGACCUUUCUUUCAACAUGCUUAUUGGGGAAAUUCCUCAGGAAUUGGUGAGUUUGACAUUUAUGGGAGUCUUCGAUGUAUCAAUGAACAACCUAGUGGGUCCCAUACCUCAUGGAAACAAUUUUGACACAUUUCCAGCAGAAUCAUACAUGGGUAAUCCUGGAUUAUGUGGAUUACCAUUGCCAGAUUGUGGAGAAGAUAACAGGCCGAAGUUAGAUCCUUCAGUUACCGAAACAAAUGAUGAUGAUGAUAUUGAAGAUGGAGGCAUGUUGUCAGAAUGGAAAAUCAUCCUGAUUGGAUAUGGUUUUGGUACGGUGGUGGGGAUGGCUUGGGGAUACUAUAUGUUAUCAGUUGGAAAACCCUUUUGGCUAGCUAAAUUAGCUCAUAGGAUGGAGCUGGCAACUAUUCAAUUUUCUGGGAAGCUAUUUGGAAGACGAGCAAGAAGAGCAAGGAAUUGAAGAGAAUGAUGAACUGAUAUAUAAAGAGGCUACAAUACCUUGCCAACUGGAGAAUGAGAGAAGCUAUCCCAGGAUGCAUAUGCUCGUAUAUUCAUCGCUGCAAAAGAUCAUGUAAUAGAUUAGCUUAAACUAUUGUAUUUCCAUAUUAUAUACAAAGUACUCC